UGUUUUCUUUUUCUUAUUGGUCUCUCAAAAGAAACCUAAGCCAGGAGGGAGGGAGGGAGGAAGGAACAGAGAGCCCGAAAUUUCAACAGAGCGAGCUUCUCAGAGCACGUUGAGGAAAAUGAUGAGGCUGCAAACCUAUGCGGGGAUUAGCUUGGUAGCAACUCUAGCGAUUAUUUAUCAUGGAUUUAGCAGUAGAGGCCAGUUUUACCCGGCCAUGGUUUAUUUAUCAACCUCCAAGAUCAGUUUGGUGCUGCUUCUCAACAUGGGUCUGGUCAUUAUGUGUACUAUGUGGCAAUUAACUAAAAAGCUCUUCCUUGGAUCACUCCGAGAAGCCGAGGUGGAGAGGCUUAAUGAGCAGUCAUGGAGGGAAGUCAUGGAGAUCCUCUUUGCUAUUACUAUUUUCAGGCAGGACUUCUCAGUCUCCUUUCUUGCUAUGGUCACAGCUCUGCUGUUGAUCAAGGCUUUGCAUUGGUUGGCUCAGAAGAGGGUUGAAUACAUUGAGACUACCCCAUCCGUGCCCAUGCUGUCUCAUGUUCGGAUUGUCUCCUUUUUGGGAUUCUUGCUUGUUGUAGAUAGUCUCUUUUUGUACAGUUCAAUUAGCAAUUUGAUAAAGACACAAAAGGCUUCGGUUUCCCUCUUCUUUUCAUUUGAGUACAUGAUACUAGCAACAACGACGGUGUCAACAUUUGUGAAAUAUGUUUUCUAUGUUAGUGACAUGCUUAUGGAGGGACAAUGGGAGAAGAAGCCUGUCUACACAUUUUACUUGGAACUUAUUCGGGACUUGCUCCACUUAUCCAUGUAUCUGUGCUUCUUUCUUGUGAUUUUCAUGUACUAUGGUGUGCCAUUGCACUUAAUACGUGAGCUCUAUGAAACAUUUAGGAACUUUAAGAUUCGCCUUGCUGAUUACAUUCGUUAUCGAAAGCUCACUUCGAACAUGAAUGAUCGAUUCCCAGAUGCUACGCCUGAAGAGCUUAAUGCAAGUGAUGCAACUUGCAUUAUUUGCCGUGAAGAGAUGACAACAGCCAAGAAACUAUUAUGUGGACACCUUUUUCAUGUGCCUUGCCUGCGAUCAUGGUUAGAGCGACAGCAUACCUGUCCUACUUGCAGAGCCCUAGUUGCACCUCCUGAAAAUGGGGCAGGUACAGCUGGAGGACAUAGGGGAUCACGGUCCGAUGCUCAUCAACAGGGGACAGGUACAACAGCUCAAGGUGGUGGAGUUGCUGGUGAUAAUCUUAGUCAACAUGAAGCCAGACUCCGAGCUGCUGCUGCUGCUGCAUCGAUAUAUGAGAAGUCUCAUGUGUAUCCAUCUGCAAACAGACUAGUAUGGUCUCCUGGAUAUGUGGCACUUCCUCAGGUUCAAAGACAAAUGGCUGACUCCGCUAACACUGGAUCUAGUGGAGUAUCGCACCCACAGCUUGCAACCCCUGGUGGACCUUCAAACUUGUCCUCCCCUCAAUUUCCACAUUACAUGUUUGUCCCAUUUGAGGUUCCUGGAGCCAAUGUGGCCUACGAGGAGAGGUUGGGCGGCGAUCCGAAUAUAACAGCUUCUCAACUGGAGGCCCAGAAAAAAUUUCUCCAACACCAGAUCGAGAUCCUGCAGAAUCAGCUCCAAACUUUACAGAAGCCAAAACCGAAGGAAAGCAUGGACACGGGGCCAUCAGCAUCUUCGGAUGGCAAAGGAAAGAAUUUCGAAUCUUCGUCCUCAUCUGUUUCAGAUUGUGGACGUCAUGUGGAGCUUGAAGAGAUUGAUUCGUAGUCAUAACUUAAUGUAUAUUAUUAAGACGCAAUAUGUUAUAUGUGGAUACAAGAGAUGAGAAAAAUAGGUAGGGAUAAUAACUGGAGUUUGAGCGAUAUUGUAUAAGUUACUCUUUCUUCUUUUCAUCUUUUUUCUAUGUGAACAUUAACAAUGCUAAAA